AUGGCGGAUACCCGAGGCUUAGGAAGCCGCCUCGACAGCGAAGCAGAAGUUAUUUCCAGGCAUCUGCAUCCCCGAUUUACUGGCGCGUGUGAUGGCAUCAUUGAAAAUGAUGGUGAUGUGCGGGGUAGGCGAACUGCAGAUCAUGGUGGGAACCCGCAGUCCUCUCUCAAAUUGCAAGGAGGUGAUAUACAUCGCGACCUCUAUCGUAUUGAAGCUCGCUCGAAUCGGGGCGGAUUAGAUCAGCGAGCAGCAACAUUCUCGCACCCUCCCAGGUUGGAAACGGACGCUGAUCUCGAUAUCACGAUACGCAAUGAACCAGGGGCGUUUCGCCGGCAGUUCUUGUGGCGCAAUAAGCGCGGCUUCAUCAACAAAUCUGCACCAAAUAGCUUCAUCGAGUUCUUGGAAUUAUACGGUAGAUUCGCCGGUGAAGAGCUGGCCGAGUCGGAAGAUGAGAAAGAUGCUGGAAGUUCUGGAACACCGGUGGAUGAAGUAGAGGGGGAAAGAAGACCACUGCUUGCCAAUCGUGAAAGCUCUCGAGGGGACGCGUCAGACACGAAAACUUUCUUCACACUCCUCAAGGCGUUCAUAGGAACAGGCAUCAUUUUCCUCCCUAAGGCGUUCCGCAACGGUGGCAUACUAUUUUCAUCUCUUGCUCUCGUCACAGUCUCGAUAACGACGACCAUCUGUUUUCAUUUGCUGCUGCAAUGUCGGCGAAGGUAUGGCGGUGGCUACGGCGAUAUUGGAGAAUCCAUUUCUAGCCCGCAUCUUCGCUCCCUUAUUCGUAUUUCCAUAACUAUGACGCAGCUUGGAUUCGUGUGUGCCGCCAUUGCUUUUACUGCGGAGAACCUGCGUUCAUUUGUGGAGGGAGUGGCGGCCUAUGAUAUUAACACACCGUCCAUUUCCGCAAUCAUCGCCCUGCAGUUAGUGAUCCUCGUGCCACUUGCCUUCAUUCGCAAAAUCUCCCGACUCGGAAUAGUGGCCUUACUUGCAGAUGUUUUCAUCUUCAUCGCCAUUGGCUACAUAUACUACUAUGAUCUUUCAGAAAUUUCCCGCCGUGGCCUAGAGCCCACGGUCAAGCUUUUCGACACCAAGACAUUCACUCUGACGAUCGGGUCGUCUAUAUUCAUGUUCGAGGGCAUAGGGCUGAUUCUCCCCAUACAAUCUUCUAUGUUGCAACCAGACCAUUUUGGUCGCAUCCUCUACAUUGUCAUGGCCCUUAUCACAUUUCUUUUUGCUACCGUCGGGAUUUUCUCAUAUGGGGCAUUUGGGAGCCAUACAAAGAUCAAUAUCAUCAGCAAUUUCCCGCAGUCGGAUAAGUUCGUCAAUUUUGUCCGGUUGUUCUUCUCGCUAGCUGUCCUUGUGGGCACCCCAGUGCAGCUUUUUCCUGCUUUGCGGAUCAUGGAGGGAAGAGUAUUCGACCGCAAAUCUGGUCAGCGAGGCCCCCUCAUGAGGUGGAAAAAGAAUAUUUUCAGGACAGGCAUUGUCGUUCUUUGCGGCUUGAUUGCAGCCCUGGGCGCCAGAGAUUUGGAUAAAUUUGUUGCCUUAGUGGGAUCCAUUUCAUGUGUUCCUUUGAUUUAUGUUUAUCCCGCGUAUCUACAUUGGAAAGGUAUCGCGAAUACCCAGUGGGCAAAAGGAGGAGAUAUGUUGAUAAUUACGACGGGGAUUGCCUGUAUGAUCUACACCGCUAUUGUGACUGCGUCUCUACAGUUUAGCUGA